GUUCGAAUUCUCAUGCAACUUUGCAAGUGAAUUUGGUCGCGACUUGUGAAGACCAGGCUCCUUUUUUGAGGAAGAAGCGCGAUCAUGGUUGCGAGAUUACUGGACGUUUGCGACAGGCAAUUGAAGGCUGAUGGGACGUCUUGCCUACAGAGUCGAAGGCGCAGUGGAUUGAAUCGUGGAGAAGCGAGUACACGCGCUCCGGCUUGCAGGAAGCAACUUCUAGGUCUGUGAGAACGAGGACUGCCAGGGCAAGCCUGAAAGCUUGAGACUUGCGUGGAUGGUGAGGAAGGUGCUCCAGCAUGUAGUGGUGGGGGGCGGAGGUAGAAGACUGUACCAGCAGUCAGCAUGUCUGAGCGCGGGCUGAGUACCAGUUUACCGCAUCCAGUCAAGAAGGAAAUUAAGGAAGAGGAGUCCUCGGCAAGGCUGCCUAGCCGGGGCUCAGUAAAAAGCCAAGGAUGUCAAGCCACAGAGGCUAUAUUAGCUGCAGACGCAUUCCUGAGUCAGGUAACACCCCAUUUGGCACACGGUACUUUGAUCAGCUCCAGUGUAGGAGCUCAGAAGAGGAGUCAUUCUGUAGACAGUAUUAGGCCUGUAAGAAAAGAUCCCUCCACUGAUGAUGGCUGGUUCGCUCGCUCGUUUUCAGAGCCAGGCAGCUCAGCAACUGCAGGUUUCCACGGCGCUGGAGACGCCUUGUCAGCAAAGCAGUCAGACCCCGAGGGUCAUCUCAGGCUACACAGACAGGCCACUUCAGACAAAGCAGUCCUUUUCUGUGAUGAGUCCAGCCCUAUGGAGGACUGUGCUCCUGCAGUUGAUACUCAGCAUGUUUCUCAGGAGGGGGCUGAUGGAGGGGAAGCCUUGCCUGAUUCAGCCUGGGGAGGGCAGCAUUGGAAUGCUGGUCAAGCUAAGGGAAGGGGGGGGCGGGAGGGGACUAGAAAAGGGCUUAACCUGAGCCGGGGUUCUCGCUCUUGGUCAAAAAAAGAGGACAGCAUUCUGCUGCUGCACGUUGCAGCGCAUGGAGAGGCGCACUGGAGAAAAGCAAGCGAAGUGUACGGGCUCAACCGCUCUGACAAGAGCUGCCGUCUCCGCUUCAAGAAUCACCUUGCACCCAGCCUCAAGAAGACUCCACUUUCGGACGUAGAGUGGGCACAAAUCAUCGAGCUGCACAAGCUUUACGGAAACAAAUGGACCACCAUCGCCAGCAAGCUCCCUGGCAGAACCGACAAUGAGGUCAAGAAUGCGUGGUACACGCAGCUGAAGCGGGCCGAGCGGAAGCGAAAAGAGCUCGACCUAGCGAAGCAGCCACGUUUUGCCAUGGCCUCCAGCAUCGAGUCCAACGAGCUGUCCACCAAUCAGAAGCAGCGCCCGAUCUCUGCAACCAGCGGCAUCGACACAGAAGGGGACAGUGCGCGGGCACAAUCUGCACCCCAGGGACGAGGCGCUAAUCAAAGAAAUACGGCGUGGGACCUCACCCAGGAAGGGACUUUCAAGUUCCCUGCGGGAACGGGGAGUUCGAGCCUUGCUGGAGGAUUCCCUCGCUACCCUUUGGGAUACCCGCCUGUCUCUAUCGCGCCACAAAGCGUACAGUCCCGAGCUAGCGAGAGCCACGGGUCAUGGUUGGCGCAACCAGGUCCUGAGCAGCCAUUCUCAGUGGACGAUUUCCUCCUGUCCUCCCCACUGCCGCUCGCGCCAACUGCCCCGAGGAUCGUUCCGGCGGAACGCUCCUCCGCUCCUUUUGGCGGCCCGUCCCCGCUUCAGAGCGCAGCCAAUCCGCGGCCGCGGACCAGUUUAAGGUUUCCCUCUCCAAGGAGCGUCCGUUCCCUGACCAGUCAACCGUCCGCAAUCAGCGUACCGUCCGCGAGCACUGCCCGGUUCCCAGCUCCCUCCACCGCCAGCGGGCCGUACGGUUCAGGCGGGGCGGCCGCGAGCGCGCCCCUUUGGACGCUACAACAGCUCAUGGCGAGCUGCGAGCCCGAGCCAGAGAAGCUCUCGUCAACGACCGCCGGGCCCCCGGCGAUGUUCCGCUUUCCGCCCUCAGGGAGUCGGAAUGUCUCAGGCGGACCGGGAUUUUCACAUGUCCCGGGGGGGACCUUUCCAAGGCCGACGGAGGCCCCUGCGGGGGGAAUGAGGAGUCCCCGGGCCGUGAAUGUCCUCGGGGGCGCGCCCUGGCGCUUCCAGGGCGACUUCGACGGCGAAAGCAGCCCGUGGCAACCGGUGCAGCUGAGGGCCGGGAUCUGGACGGUAACCGGGGACAGCUGGGGCCCCGCCGUCCAACCGGCGCCACCCCCGUUCCGGCCGGUUGCAACGGACAUCCGCCCGCGGACACAGAGACAGCGGAUUACGUCCCUCAGCGGCAUGUCCAGAACCAACAACCUGCGCGUCAGAGUCGACAACCCGAGCGGUGAAUACCCCCGGCAGGAGAAUUUUGUCCAAAGCCUUGACCCGUGGGAAGGUCCUCAGCAGACGGAACUUCCGCAGAACCCGCCCUGGGAUCCGGCGACCGAUUUGAGCCUCGGCCCGGCCCGAGGACUGUCGCCGGUGCAAGCUCCGGAGCACCCGGAUCAGGGGCUCGUGGCGCUUAGCCCGGUAUCCACUACCCUACUGCUUCCGGUCUCCAGCUUCGUCCUCCCCCCGGUAGAUCCGAUUCCACCAGGCGCCGAGGGUGGGCUCCAGCACCCGGGGAUCUCGCUCUCCCCCCCGCCCGACUUCUUCUGGAGAAUCACCGACCACGUCAAGGACACCUUUGCAGCGAGCUUGGCUCCCCCGGCUGCUCUAGACUACACGCGGUCGCCGAGCGUCCCUAACGAUCUCGACUGGCUCGAGGCGGGUAGUGCGGUUUCCCGGGCCCCGUCCCUGGGAGCAUAUCCCGACACUUCGGACGUACGUGGCCUCCUGUCGGACGCCGGUGCGGACGCGGCCGCGGACGCAGGCGCAGAAGGGGACUCCCCUGACGAGGGAGACUUCCCCCCGUUGACCGGGAAGGAUUACGAGGGCUUUUGAACAGGGUACGGUGGCCCGGUUACACUAGAAAAGGGGGCCGGAGAGAAGCUGAAAAGAGAUGAAUGAGCGAAGCGCGUAGGGAUAGGCUUGUAAAAGGAGCAGAUUUGCGUUUGGAUGGUUGAGGCACCGGGGCUGGGAGACGCGUCAAAAGGGGUUGCCGCAGAAAAUUUUGCAUAAGGCCUUUUUUUUGUUUUGGUAGCAGCGUCAGCUGGCGGCUCGUACGGCUUCGCCGCCGUGCGCUUCGGCAGUGUUUGUGGCCUGACCGCAUCUUCCGUUGUAGGGGGCCUUUCAAAAGGUUGGAACGGUCUUCACAUGCGGGGUAUAGGAGUGUACAAUUGUACAAGACCUGCUUAAGGCAGCGAGCCGACGCGGGUCUGCGACCGAGAAGAUACGGGCCAACCAGUCUUCUCUGGUAAGCAAGCGAUCAAGGCCUCGGGUAUCAGUCACGUUGCUUCUUAGCAAUCAAUGCCUCCGCACACGAACGGAAGGUGGGUGGCCCGCCCCCCUGCUGAACGGUAGCUUGGUAGAUCACUGUAGUAUGUUAUGUUUGACUGGACCCGCUGUGAUCAAGACUUAUCGUGCUUUAGCUUGUGUAAGUUGCACAUAACGCCAGCCGUACCAUAGUAAAAUAGCGCUUCGCGACCUUGCGCCCGUGUAGGUAUAAUUCGAGCAUAGGUGGGGUAAUUGAUCGCAAGCGUUAAAUGAAUACUUGUGAGGCAGAUCAAUCAGGCACUCGAGUGGCAGGUAGGUAGGAAACGACCAGUUCCAGCAGAUUGGGAACUUGCGUACCGAUCUGGUCGUUGGAUCACUGUAUUGUAUUGUAUUUCUAUAUGCGUAAUAUGUAUGCGUGGGAGCUCCACGUUCUUGACUUAACCUGUUAGGAACUGCUGCAUACUCGCUAUUCGAUCGGACAAACGGGC